AUGAUAGAUGAUGGGUCAGCCAUCAAUGUAUGCCCUCUGAAGAUUUUGCCAAAGUUAGGAAUUUCUAUGUCUGAACUAACUGGUUCUGAUCUAGUUAUCAGGGCCUAUGAUGAUUCAAAGAGAAACGUGAUAGGGGUAUUCAAGACUAUGGUUAAGGUGGGGCCUAUAGAGACUGAAGUUGAGUUCACUGUGCUAGACAUCCCCAUGACAUUCUCCUUACUGUUGGGUAGAAUCUGGUUCCAUCCCUUAGGUGGAGUCCCCUCUACACUCCACCAAAAGAUCAAGAUCCCACACCAAGAUGGUGGUGGCCACUAUGAUGAAAGAGAUGAAGUUUUUUCUGGGAUUGGUUUGGGAAAAAGAGCUAAUGGCUUAGUGACUUUUCCAGAAAUAAAGGGGCAGAUCACUAGAUAUGGGCUGGGCUAUCAGCCAACUGAAGAUGAAGAGGGACUCAAGCCCACCAAGUUUAUCAGGGAGGGUGCAAUUGCAUGGACUGAUGACCAGGAGCUGCCGCAUGUUGAGGAAUUAGAACAAGAGUACCAAGAAGCAUUUGCCUGGUCUUAUAAAGAUAUGCCAGGAAUUGAUCGAGACAUAGUGCAACACAAGAUCCCCACAGACCCUAACAUGAGGCCAGUAAAACAAAAGAAGCGUCGCCUUAGGCCGGAAUGGGAAGAAAAGAUAGCUCAAGAGGUGAAAAAGCUCAUUGAGGUUGAUUUCAUUGAAGUAAUUGAGUAUCCCGAGUGGUUAGCCAACAUUGUGCCAGUCCCCAAGAAGGAUGGGCGAGUUCGGAUGUGUGUAGAUUAUAGGGACCUGAAUAAGGCUACUCCUAAGGAUGAUUUCCCAUUGCCUCACAUCGAUGUGCUUAUUGACAGUGCUGCUUGCAUGGCCAUGUACUCCUUCAUGGAUGGUUUUUCGGGAUAUAAUCAGAUCCUUAUGGAUUUGAUAGAUAAAGCAAAGACAGCUUUUAUCACUGAAUGGAGAACUUAUUGCAAGCUGUUAGGGCAUAUGAUCAGUAGAAAAGGGAUUGAGGUUGACCCAGAUAAGGUGAAGGCAAUCCAGGAGAUGCCAGCCAGAAACGAGAAAAAGAGAUUAGAGGUUUCUUAG